GAGGGUUGCCCAGAGCUGGGAGUUCAGGAUGUUUGACAACUCCGGGGCAAUCAUUAUUCUGACCUUCUUUUUAAUGGCCCAUGUUCCUGGAUGGGUGGCAUCUCAGGCAUGUUCCUAUCCUUGCCAAUGUCCCUCACAGACUCCCCUCUGCCCUCUUGGCAACAGCCUUUUGCUAGAUGGCUGUGGUUGCUGCAGGGUAUGUUCCCGGCAGCUCGGGGAGCUCUGCUCACUGCAGGAACCUUGUGAUCACCACAAAGGACUCUACUGUGACUUUUCCAAAACCCAGAAAGACAGUGGCAUCUGUUUAGCUUACGAAGGGCCCUCCUGUGUCCUGAUGGGAAAAACCUAUCUAAAUGGAGAGAGCUUCCAGCCCAGUUGUCAGCUGCAGUGUAUCUGCAUGGGCGGAUCCAUUGGCUGCAUUCCCCUUUGCCCUGAUGGGGCACGUCUCCCUCCCCCUGAUUGUCCCUUUCACCACUGGAUAAAAGCGCAGAACAAGUGUUGCCAAGAGUGGGUCUGCGAAGGAAGCAGUCAGAAGACCCCUUCCAAGAAAGUUUACAGGAAUAGAUUUGCUCCCAAGCCUGAGUUAAAGUUUAAGUCCACACCAAAUGACCUUCAAGUGAACUGCUUGGUGCAAACCACCGAAUGGAGUGUCUGUUCUAAGACUUGUGGGAUGGGCAUCUCAACCCGUGUCACUAAUGCCAAUCCCCAGUGCCAACUGGAGAAGGAGAGCAGGCUGUGCUUGGUUCGAUUCUGCAAUGUCUCUCUAGACCGAAGAGUCAAGAGAGGGAAGAGCUGCCUGCGAAACCCUAAAUCUCGUGAGGCAAUUAGCUUUGAGUUCACCGGCUGCACCAGCGUCCAUGCCUAUCGGCCAAAGUUCUGCGGCAGCUGUAUGGACAAUCACUGUUGUAUGCCACGUAUCACCAGCACAGCGGAAGUGGAAUUUCGGUGUCCAGAGGGAGAGUCCUUUGUCCGGAAAAUGAUGUUCAUCAAGUCUUGUUCUUGCCACUAUGACUGCCCUGCAGAUAAUGAUGUUCUUCUAGCCAGUUACCACCGGUCAAUGGUAGAGGACCACUUCAAACUAAAGAAUCAGUAGUGCUGGGUCCUACUCCCACUCUAGAUCCAGCAGGUUGAAAGUAUCUAAAGAUGUAUUCGCUGAUCAUCUUGUAGACAAAGUGGAAAUGAUCUCAAAUGAUCCAAGAGGGUUCAUGUCCAGAGACCAGUAACAUACAUCUGGCAUGUUGCGUUUUGAGACAGAGCUGAUAUAUUUGGUUCUCUACCAACCACACACAAUCUUGCAGUGUGGGGAGGGGGUAGCUGGUAAUCGCUUGUUCUAACUCCCCAUUUUAUGGCUGAUGAAUAAUAAUUUUGGACCAGUCCAUUUUUAGAGGUGCUUCCAUUCCUCACUAUCCAGUCAGAGCUGAAGAAGCUUCUUGGAUGAGAAGCGAAACAUCUUCAAAGAAAAACCAGAAAGUCCAGUUGCCUCUUGAAAAAGCACCUUUGGAACAACUAAUGUUAAUGUUCUCAAAUUACUUACAUCAUUUAUAAUCUGAACCCAAUUUUCCUAGUGAUUCAUUCAUAUUC